AUGGACCACACGACUAGACCCUCUUAUCACGCUUAUUGGAGCUGGGAGGGCAAAUUCGAAAGACUCGUAUUGAACAAUCGACAAACCACUGGUGAUCAGUCGUCAGCCAACCAGUUUCCAACUUCACGUCCCCUUUCUCCGAAGGCGUUCAGCGUCUACGCCCAAGUAAACUCGGAUAUCGACGUAGACGCUAACCCAACUCAGGUACCAUUUAACACCCUCACUCUCCCAUCAACCGCGACCUUCCCUGACGCUGCACCUCAUUCCCCCUUCCCUGCCUUUCCCCAAGCGGAACCUUUUGGUGACCUGUCGACCGAGUUCGACGUAGAUGAACACUCUUUAAGCGGCUCAUUUGACAUCUCUCUCGUCAGCGAUACUUCUGAGGACACCGACCCAGACACAUCCCUUGCACUAGAUUCCUCUUUCUUCUCUAGCACCCCAAUCACCCCUGCCCGAGUAUGUAUCAGCGCUUCCUCGCCCACCCCUCUCGGCUUGGGUAUCUCAGGGCUCUCAAAAAAAGACGGCAGCGCCUUCACGGGCUUAGGCGUCGUUUCUUCUCGGUUCUCUCCUUGGCGACCGUCCGAUCAAGAAGAGACAAGAUCUGCUGGAGGCCCUCUGACCGCUUUCCAAGUCCCCCAUGAGGAGACAUACUCUCCGCGUUGCGAUCUCACUGACCCCAUCCCAAGCUCAGACUCGGACAGCCUCUCAAACACGUUUCUCCAAGAAACUCUGCUCACUUUCACGGAUGACCCAUUCCACGGAUAUACUCUAGCCUCUAUACCAGAGUGUGACUCGUACUUUGAGAUCAACGACCUCCCACCUUCUCGACCUUCCGUAUCCCUCUGGGGAACGCCUACUGUGACUCCAAGCCCAAGCUCUGGUUCUGGGGACCGUUCGUCGACAGGGACAUUAGAGAGGGCUCGACGUAAAUCUGCGGUAGGGCUCUCGAGGAACUGGUCCGCCCCUACUAUCUCUAGUGAGCUUAAGCGGUCUGGUUCUGCACCCGCAUCUUCCGUGUCGUUCUCCCCUUCUAGUUCGAUGAUAUUGCGCUCCCCCUCCAAUAUGAAGCUCCCGCGCGCUGCUAGCACGAAGCGUCAGCACUCCCCUUCUGGUCAGAAUCGCCCGCGAUCCCCAAGUACGAAGGUAUUGCGCUCCCCCACUAAUAUGAAACCCCUGCGCUCUCCCACCCAUACUCUGCGCUCUCCUGGAACGAAACCCCUGCGCUCGCCCCUCCUGCGAUCCCCGAGCACAUCCUCCUCACGAUCCACUAACAACGGGCUCAUGCGCCACUCCUCCUGCCCUACACCUACUACUCGUCUCACCUCCAAGUCCCCUACGCGCCCCGGUUCGACGGCGACGCGUUCUCCUGCGUCCAGUCGUGUUUGGCGUUUUUGA